GCUAGUAUCUAGCCUUUUAUUGGCUUCAAAGGGCUCGAUACCGGGCCGGAAUCUUUAAAAAAACUUGUAUGAAGAUUCAAGAACGAGAAAUUAUACUAUUAUUUCUCAAAAUAUUUGACCACUUUUUAUCGAAACACAUACGUUUAAUAUUUACGCUAUUAAAUGAACAAUAUACAUAGGCGUUAUAAAAUACUGUCCAACUGGUAUUUAAAAUUUAUAACUUAAAAUGGCCACCAAUAUUUUCAGAAGUUUAUUAAGGCCUAGAAUAAAGACCUCAUUUUUCAAAAGAUAUGAAAGUUCAGAAAAACGAGUGGUUAUUCACGACCCGUUUUCUAAUAAGCCAGAAAAAAAUAAAGAGUCAUAUUUGCAAGUUAUUAAGUUUUUCGAAGGUCGUGAUCAAAGAAGACGGGGUCACGUAGAAUUUAUUUACGCUGCCCUUGGUCGGAUGAAAGAGUUUGGUGUUAAUAAUGAUUUGGAAGCGUAUAAAGCUUUAGUAGAUGUCUUACCUAAAGGAAAAUUGGUUCCAACUAAUAUAUUUCAAGCAGAAUUCUUGCACUACCCAAAACACCAACAAUGUGCAGUUGAUCUAUUGGAACAGAUGGAAAAUAAUGGUGUAAUGCCUGAUAUUGAAAUGGAACAAAUGUUACUAAAUACGUUUGGUAGAAGAGGUAUACCUCUUAGAAAAUAUUGGAGGAUGAUGUAUUGGAUGCCAAAAUUUAGAAAUCUGAGUCCUUGGUACCUCCCUGAUAAAAUGCCAGAUGAUACCUUAGAACUAGCCAAACUUGCUAUUCAGAGAAUCACAUCAGUAGAUCCUGACAAUAAUAUUAAUGUUUGGCAGACAGAAGAGAUAGAGUUUGCACUAGACAAGACUUGGAUAGUAAGUGGCCAGAGUCGAAUACAGAAGUUGCUCUUAGCUGAACAACCAAUCAAAGAACCACUAGUUAUUAAAGGCCCCUAUCAUGUAUACUUGAGAGAUCAAAGUGUUACUUAUUUUACUCUUCUAGGUAAAAUAAGGCCUGAACCAAAAGAUGACAUUGAUUGGGAUGAUGUUUCUAAAAUUGAAAAACCCUCUGGAAUACCUGGCUUUAUUGGAAAGAAUACUUUACCUUCCAUAAAAUGUACUGUACAUGAACAAGAUGAUGGAACAAUUUUAGCUAUUUGUGCUACAGGUACUUCAUCAAGGGAUUCAUUACUUUCCUGGAUAAGGUUACUAGAAAAACAUGAUAAUCCCUUACUAGCUAAUAUACCUGUUAUAUUCACUUUACUGGCCCCAACAUCAGAUAUCUCUCUCCAGGAGACCCAACCAGCCUUACAAGAAGAAGACAAUAUAGAAAGAGCAGGAUAA